UGACUCCAGUCUGGCUCUCCAGGGGGCGGAGGCGUGGGCUGGCGACUGGUGGCGCAGGCCUGCGGGCAGGAUCUGGGGCCAUGGCCAGAAGGGCUGUCAGACUUGCUUCGUGGACCAGCAUGGCCCUUGCCGCCUCUGGCUUCUACCUCUACAGCAACAAGUACUUGGACCCUAAUGACUUUGGGGCUGUCAGGGUGGGCAGAGCAGUCGCUACGACGGCAGUUAUCAGUUAUGACUACCUUACCUCUCUGAGGAGCGUCCCCUACGGCUCGGAGGAGUACUUGCAGCUUCGAUCAAAGGUGCACCUGCGCUCUGCCAGGCGUCUCUGUGAGCUGUGCUGUGCCAACCGGGGCACCUUCAUCAAGGUGGGCCAGCACCUGGCGGCUCUGGACUACCUGCUGCCGGAGGAGUAUACCAGCACCCUGAAGGUGCUGCACAGCCAGGCCCCGCGGAGCAGCAUGCAGGAGGUCCGCCAGGUCAUCCGCGAGGACCUGGGCAAAGAGAUCCACGAUUUGUUUGUGAGCUUCGAUGACACCCCUCUGGGGGCUGCCUCCCUUGCCCAGGUCCACAAGGCGGUGCUGCAUGAUGGGCGCACAGUGGCUGUGAAGGUCCAGCACCCAAAGGUGCAGGCUCAGAGCUCCAAGGACAUUCUUCUGAUGGAGGUGCUCGUCCUGGCUGUGAAGCAGCUGUUUCCAGAGUUUGAGUUCAUGUGGCUGGUGGAUGAGGCCAAGAAGAACCUGCCUUUGGAACUGGAUUUCCUCAAUGAAGGAAGAAAUGCCGAGAAAGUGGCCCAGAUGCUCAAGCACUUUGACUUCUUAAAGGUGCCCCGGAUCUACUGGGAUCUGUCCACCAAGCGGGUCCUUCUCAUGGAGUUUGUGGAUGGCGGGCAGGUCAAUGACAGAGACUACAUGGAGAGGAACAAGAUUGAUGUCAAUGAGAUCUCUCGCCGCCUGGGCAUGAUGUACAGUGAGAUGAUCUUCGUCAAUGGCUUCGUGCACUGCGACCCCCAUCCGGGCAACGUGCUGGUUCGGAAGCACCCGGACACUGGCAAGGCCGAGAUCAUCCUUUUGGACCAUGGGCUCUACCAGGUGCUCACCGAGGAGUUCCGCCUGGAUUACUGCCACCUCUGGCAGUCGCUGAUCUGGACCGACAUGAAGAGGGUGAAGAAGUACAGCCAGCGCCUGGGCGCCGGGGACCUCUACCCCUUGUUUGCCUGCAUGCUGACGGCCCGGUCGUGGGACUCGGUCAAGAGGGGCAUCGGCCAGGCUCCGGUCACUGCCACUGAGGACUUAGAGAUCCGCAGCAACGCUGCCAACUACCUCCCCGAGAUCAGCCAGCUCCUCAGCCACGUGCCGCGUCAGAUGCUGCUCAUCUUCAAGACCAACGACCUGCUGCGUGGCAUCGAGGCCUCGCUGGGCACCCGCGCCAGUGCCAGCGCCUUCCUCAACAUGUCGCGCUGCUGCAUCAGGGCGCUGGCCGUGCACCAGAAGAAGAACACCUGUUCGUUCUUCAGAAGGACCCAGAUCUCCUUCAGCGAGGUCUUCAGCUUGUGGCAGAUCAACCUCCACGAACUUAUCCUACAAGUGAAGGGGCUGAGGCCGGCCCGCUGGGUCUCGGCGCUGCUUUCCUGGCUGUUUCCUGCUCUGCACUGAGCGGACUCGCUGGCCCCUGCCCCUUUCUGGGGUGACGCCUUGCUCUUUGGUCAUGUCUUGCCCAGUUGCCCUGUGCUCCUGCCACCCACCCCGGCCCCCCGCGGUGGCCCGGAGUCCCUCCUCUACCUCUGGAAUUCCUGUGCCACAGCCCUGUUGGUGCCCCCAAGCUGUGCCAGGCAGGAAGCUUCCCUCCCUUCCCAGGGAGAGGGCACAACGGUCUGUGCCAGUGGCUAGUGCCUCCCUUUUCUGUUUGUCCUUCCGGUACUCAGGAGGGACCAUGCACCCACCGAGGGCACGUUGCCCUUGUCGGGAGCUGAUUCUGCUGGAGAGCAGCUCAGUCUCUGAGCCGGCUCAGGGUGGGGGGGGUCGGCGCCCCAGCAGGCCCCAUGGCUUCCCUGAGCUCACUGCUGUCAAGGGAGCCCCCGUGGUGUUCUAGGGACUGUUUCAUUACCCCCGCCACCCUCCUUGAAGCGUUUCAGAGCAGGGCUGGUGGGUGGGAUUUUCACCUUGGUCGGGAGUGAAUCGUGUUGUCCAGCCAGUGAGAGUGGAUCUGGGCACCACAUGCUACUGUCCUCUGCUUGGCUUCUCGCCAUUGUGAUCCUACCAGCCUCUCAUUGUGUGACCAUUUCCUGUUCCCCACCCCAAGCCCCUUCCAAGACAGACCUUGGUUGGAGGAGUCAAGAGGCCCAAGGCCAAGAACUCAGGUUCUGCUGAAAUUGGGUUUGGUCCCCUGUGUCUGUGUUCAUCUCCUCCUGUGCCUGCCCUGCUCUGGGGAUUGUUCGCUGACUCACCCUUUGGUUUGCUGUUUGCUGACCGGACGCCAUCCUGGGGGUUGCAGUCUGGACCUCAGUCACUGCUGCUUGGACUCCACGCCCAAACCCCGUCACCUGUCCGGACCCUGUGCUUCCAUCUGUAGCCUGCUGGCAGUGGGGCCUCCCUGGCUGGGCACUGGGACUGUCCAGGGCACCUUCUGUCUCCUGUGCCCAGACAUCCUGCUCUCCAGCCCUAGACCCCAGGCUUGGCAGGUCCCAGUUCUUGCUGAGCACUAUGCUCACAGACGCUGAUUGUAUUUGAGUUUCUCUGAUCUCACUUCACCCUGCUCACAGGAGCAAACCCCCCAGAAUGUGAGUCUCAUUUUCUGUUCUCUUUAUUUAUAAUGCAAGCAGCUUUUUCACUAACCAGAGAUAAUGUGUGACUCCUUUAUUUUCUGAAAAAAUUAAUUGUUCUUAGUGACCAGUUGGAUGCACCCAGGGACCUGAGAGAAUAAUUUGCAAGAUCUGUUAUUAAUCAUGAAGAUGCAUGCUGCAUAUUAUAUUUUAUGGUAUCUUUUAUAGCCACUGAAGUAAAUAUAAAUGUCCUUUUU